AUGGUGUGGAAACCGGAGGAGGAUAUCUUCACGUUCGAGUUGGACCUGAAAGAAGAAGUACGGAACAUUGUGCUGAACAACACGACGCCUACGAAGCGCCAAGUCUUACGGACCAUAAUGUCUCUUUUUGAUCCGUUGGGUUUGGUAGCGCAUUUCAUAGUGCACGGCAAGUUAAUCAUGCAGCGCAUCUGGAGAGAAGGCUUAGACUGGGACGAAGCGAUUAGUGGCGAAAUACUAGAAGACUGGCGUAGAUGGAGCGGACUGCUGCUGAAGAUCAACGAAGUUGGCGUGCCAAGGUGUUUCUUCUCCGGUAAUAGAUCAGUUUGCAAUGGCGCCGAGAUCCAUAUGUUUGUGGAUGCCAGCGAAAAUGCAUACGCUUGCGUUGCGUACCUGCGAAGUUCCGAUAACGGGAUCCCACGAUGUACGCUGAUAGCGGCGAAGACGAAAGAAGCGCCGCUGAAACCGUUAUCCAUUCCACGGUUGGAAUUGCAAGCGGCUCUUAUCGGGAGCCGUUUACUGGACACCAUAUGCAAGGCUCUAACAAUCCCUAUCUCGGCUCGAUAUCUCUGGACAGACUCUACAACGGUCUUGGCGUGGCUGAGGUCUGAAACACAACGUUACCAUCAGUUCGUCGGAUUUCGAGUUGGAGAGAUUUUAACUACGACCACCAUCGGCGAGUGGAGGAAGGUUCAGUCAAAACUGAAUGUUGCUGAUCAGGCAACGAAGUGGAAGGACGGACCAAGUUUCAACCCAGAAGAUUGGUGGUACUCCGGCCCAAGUUUUCUAUCCGACACGACGGAAAAAUGGACUGAACAUACAUCGGAGAAUUUCGUAACAACGGAAGACAUGCGAUCAGCGUUCUUGCACCAUCGAAAGCUGCAUCCACCGUUCAUCGUAGCUGUCGAGAGGUUUUCCAAAUGGACAAAAUUAGUACGAGCUACAGCCUACGUUAUCAGAGCGGUCAAACGGUUCCUUGGCCUAAAGGUGAACGGACCGUUGGUGCAGGAAGAACUGCAGAGUGCGGAAACACUGCUGUGGAGGCAAGUGCAAAGGGAAGCAUACUCGGAGGAAUACUCUACGCUUCUGUACAACAAAGAACACCCUCGUGAAGAACCUCGGAAGUUGGAGAGAUCGUGCGCCCUGUUCAACAUGUCACCGAUGCUGGACAGCAAUGGAGUGCUGCGGAUGAACAGUCGCAUAACUGCAGCCCCUGUUGUAUCCACGGACCUGAAAUACCCUAUCUUUCUCCCGAAGGAACAUCGGGUAACGGAACUGCUUGUGGAAAGCUACCACAUUCGUUUCCUACACGGAAACAAGGAGACGGUAUUUAAUGAAUUGCGGUAA